AUGGAAGCCACAAGAGAGCUGCAAGAGGGCCACCAAAGGAUGCUGGUGCUACUGGACAAACUCUUCUGUGAGGCCAACUUGGUGCUGCCUUCUGGCGGGUUCUGCCUAGACAAGGAUAAACUCAUUGUUGGUUUUAAUAACUUUUGGAGCGCCAAGCUGUGUGCUGGUCUGGAGACCUUCUUUGGAAGGUCUUCCGUUGCAGACCUCGGGGCUGGUCUGGGUCAUUACGGCCGGUGCUUCCUGCGUAAUACUGCAGGGAUGCUGACCCACUCAAACAAGGAGCAGCUUGAUGACCUCAACAAAGAUUACCUGAGCCAGAUGAACCAGGCUGGACUUCUAGGUGCUCCUCAGGUUAUCAAGUCAUGGAACGGAUGGGACGCAGCAGCAAACAUUGACGAGAUCACUAACGGGAGGAUAAAAUCAGUGGAUCUCUCUAGCCCCGUCGACCUCGGAGGUCCCUUUGACUGGGUGAUGAGCCUGGAGGUGGGCGAACACAUCCCUCGGUCAGGACAGAAGAACUUCAUAGACAACCUCGUUAAACACGCCUGUCUUGGUGUGGUGGUAUCUUGGGCUGUACCAGGUCAGCCAGGUCACUCCCAUGUCAACUGCCGCACCAACGACUACAUCAAGCAGGAGAUGGUCGCCAGGGGUAUGGUAGUGGACGAGGCUGCUGAGGUGAAGCUGAGGAACCAGUCGGAUCUACAACACUUUAAGAAUACUCUCAUGGUCUUUAAAUUUCCUAAGAAGAUAUGCUGAAACUCGCUCUUUCAUACCCUCAUGUAUUUACACGGUGUAUGUACUGAAAACGUACGCCAUUUGAGUUUAAAUGGUCAAGUUCGAGCCGUGGGAAAACAAGAGACAGAGAUAGGAUGUUCCAGAGAUUGGACACAGAAACAAGGGGUCAAAAUUGGAAGUUGAAGAGACCAGAUGAGUCAAAGGGAUGUUAGGAAGUAUUUCUUCAGUCAUAGAGUAGUCAGGAAGUGGAAUGGAAUAGCAAGUGAGGUAGUGGGGGCAGGAACCAUACAUAGCUUUAAGAUGAGGUAUGAUAAAGCUUAUGGAGCAGUGAGAGAGAGGUCCUAGUAGCACUCAGUGAAGAGGCAGGGCCAGGAGCUAAGUCUCGACCCCUGCAACCACAAUUAGGUGAGUACAACCUUUGGGAAGUUCUUAGGUUAGGUUAAUUUAGAUUAAGUUAGGUU